AUGGACGACGUCGUCGGGUGGAUGCUGGAGACGAGCAAGCGGCUCGGCGUCCCGUGCGAGGACAUCAACAUGAGCAAGUUCGCCACCCUGACCGGCUCGCAGCUCCUGAAAAUGAACGAGAACGACUUCACCGAGUGCGACCCCAACUACGGCAAGCUGUUCUACCGCGAGAUGGCCCGACUUUUGAACGUCACCAUCCCAGAGGACAAUAUCCUUGACGACGUCCUCAGGAAGUACAAAGACUUCGAAGAGACCAAGCCCAGCCCGAUGGACACGACGAUGCAACUUCAGCAGCAGUUGCAGCGACAACAUGAAAUGAACUCCCUGUUCGCCGCCCAGCAACAACUCACCCAGACCCUGGCCAACAACAUCCGGCAACAGCUGACGAACAACUUGUGCGCGGCGCUGAACCCAACUGGGUUGAACCUGAACAACUUGGCGUCGUCGCCGUUGUUGCACGCCAAGGGCAACAAGUUGUGGGAGUUCAUCCGGGACGCCCUCAAGGACCCGGCCACCUGCCCCUCGGUAGUUCGAUGGGAAGACCCGAACGAGGGCGUCUUCCGAAUCGUCGAAUCCGAAAAACUCGCCCGACUCUGGGGCGAACGGAAAAACAACACCAAGAUGACGUACGAGAAACUGUCGAGAGCCAUGAGAACGUACUACGACAAGCAAAUCCUGGUGCCCGUGCCCAAGACGGGGCUCUACCCGAAGAAGCUCGUCUACAAGUUCGGCCCGGGAGCACAGGGAUGGUGCAAGUCGACGGCGGUGAUGGCC